AUGUCCGUUGAGGAGUUCCUAGAAAGUACGCUGGGGAGUCAGGGUCCUAGUUGGUUAACCUUCCCACGCGCAAAUUGGCCUGCCGAAAAGCCACCUAGUGUUCCAGAAAAUAUACUUGAAAUCCGACAAGUGUCAGCAGUGGUCCAUUCAGCUUCAACAGUCAAUCCUAUCUUCCUUCGAUGGUCAUCAUAUACUCGACUUCUACAUGUUAUAGGAUACUGCCUGCGCUUCAUUGAAAACAUCCGCGUCAAUGCCAGAACACAGCCUCCCCCCGGUUCUCAUCCAGCACUACGAGCCUUAACAGUAAAACAACUAGCACAAGCCAAAACGACGUUAAUUAAACUUGCACAAAAUGACGCCUUUCACUCAGAGCUGAACGACUUGAAGGAAGAAAAAACGAUAGAUGAACGCUCCAAGAUACGUCGAAUGAGUCCGUUUCUAGACCGAGAGGGGGUAUUGAGGGUUGGAGGGCGACUUAAACUAGCUCAACUGCCAUACCAAGCCAAACAUCCUGCCAUACUUCCCAGCUUUCAUCCUUUCUCUCUACUAAUUGCCCAUCACUACCACCAUCAAAUGCUACACGCCGGAGGACGGUUACUAUUAAAUGCUAUUCGUGAAGAAUUUUGGCCACUUCAGGGCCGCAAGCUAGCACACAACGUCGUUCGCAAAUGUAUGCGCUGCACUCGCCUUGACCCAAUACCGGCACAGCAGCAAAUUGGACAACUACCUGCGCAUAGAGUCAUUCCCAGCAGCCCGUUUAACGUCACGGGAGUCGAUUACGCCGAUCCGUUUUACCUACGACCGGUACACAAGCGAGCUGCUCCUGCGAAAGCGUAUCUGUGCCUAUUUGUUUGUUUCGAAACCAAAGCCGUACACUUGGAACUUGUCAGCGACCUGUCUACUGAAGGUUUCCUGCUAGCGCUACAACGAUUCAUUGCUCACCGCGGCCGCCCUGCUCACAUUCACUCCGAUAAUGGCAAGAAUUGCGAAGGGGCCAAAAAUAAGUUAAAUGAGCGGUUUGAUCUGCUGCGGAAAAGUGAGGAGACCGAGAAAAUCGUUUCGACCUGUGCUGCUGAGGGGAUUACUUGGCAUCUAAAUCCACCGAAAGCGCCACACUUCGGCGGCCUCUGGGAGGCGGCCGUGAAGGUGGCAAAGAAGCAUCUGUACCGCCAGCUCGGAUCAACCCGUGUAUCCUUUGAACACCUUACCACCAUCUUGGCCCAAAUUGAGUCGCUGAUGAACUCCCGACCGCUCCUACCAAUGUCUGAAGAUCCGAACAAUUUGGCUGCGCUCACGCCCCGUCAUUUCCUCACAGGAUCCAGUCUACUAGCCCUGCCCGACCCAGACCAUCGAGAUAUUCCGGAAAAUCGACUUGACCAUUUCCAAAAACUACAGCUGCACGUCCAAAAUUUUGGUGUCACUGGCGCACAGAGUACCUCCAAGAAAUGCAGAAUGAUACCACGAUGA